ACCUUCUUCGAGAUUCUCGAGGGACGAUUGGCUUUCUUCUCGAGUUUGAGUGGAAGGAACAUAUGAUCGACAUCAUAAUAACCUCAAUCACUUUGCUCGAUUGCACACUUACAUCGCAGCUCGACGAGGGUUAUGUGAAACUGCAAUUACGCUCGGUGAAACCAAUCAUCCGGCGGGCGGGAGGCAGUCAUUCUUUCCUGUUCGCAGACAUCAUGGUCUGUUAUGAUUCCGUGCGAGAGAGAACUACGCUUUUAAGGCUGGAACUUUCCAAAGUCAGUGGCUCUUCUAGUUUUGGCGCGAUUGUUAUCUGGCGGAGGUUCUGGAGGUACCCGCGUUUGUUGUCAGUGGCCAUACUACUCAACCAAGCAUUGACCUGGCAGACACUUAUUUAAGUCAAUGGUGAAGUGUUUGGUGACUGUGGUCAGAGUUUGUUCUCAUUUUUCUUCUCAGUUCCGAAAACUUUAGGUGCGGCUGGAUCUUCGUUACGACCAUUUUCAUUACAGCACGAGCUCGGAACUACGAGCAACUCCCGGUUCAGAAGUAUCUCCACCAAGUAGGGAAUCGGUUACGGGCCCAGCCCGAUGAUUACUACAUCGACUUUGGCCGACUUUCACAGUUUUCGAUCCGAUUUUAGCGACCCAAUGAUGUGUCCUUGUUUUUAGCUGACACCCUCGUCUCUUGGUCACGAGUUCUCGACCCAAGGAGCCGCCGGAUCUGGCAGUCGUUUUAGUUGGAGUAAAAGCGAGGUCGGGGUUGUCAAAAUACAGAUAAUAUCUAUGCUUUCACUUCUUAAAACAUUAUCUACCGCGUUGUGGAGGUACUGAGUGCCACGGUCAUUUCCACUUGGUCCUUACAAGCAAAGCUCGAAUGGCACAAAAGGUGGACCUCCAAGUUGGCUGACAUCUGAGCUCAAUCUACUUGGUGCAUUGACUUUUGUUAUCUGGUAUUUUAAGGUUGGAAGCAUUGGACAGAUUGGAACCAGGCCAUUUCAAAGGUCGAAGUUGACAAGUUGGUACGCUUCGAUUUUCGAGCCUAGUUACCUUGUAUCGAGCAAUGCCGAUGUGCUGAACCUAUGAUUUCUGACCCACCAUAUCGAUCAGCUACUAUUCUUGUAAGCCCACCUUCCCAAGAAACAUGGCUAAAUCGGAUUUC